AUGGUCCUCCAUAACCCCAAUAACUGGCAUUGGGUCAACAAAGAUGCGGGCCCCUGGGCUAGAGAAUAUUUAGACAGAGAGGUCCAGAAGGUUUCGGCGGAAGAGGAUGGAGUGUCGGCAAAGAUCACAAGACUAAUCUCGAUGGACGGCGAUGUGGAGGUCAGCCAGCGGAAGGGCAAAGUCAUCACAAUCUUUGAUGUCGCGCUGCAGUUAGAAUAUGAAGGCAAAACCCAAGAGGGCACUGAUGUUAGUGGGAGCAUCAGAGUCCCUGAGUGUGCUUAUGAUACGGAGCCUGACGACUAUGUGUUUGAAAUCGAUAUUUAUUCGGAGAAGAAGGAGAAACAACCCGUUAAAGAUCUCGUCCGAUCGAAAUUGGUCCCUCAACUUCGACAGGUGUUUUCUAAACUCAGUCCUGCUCUGAUCGAAGAGCACGGAAAAGAUCUUCAGCACGCGCCGGGCUCGAACCCAUCGAGCGGCUUCGCAACGCCCACAUGGCAUCCUGAAAAGGAACGCAAGCCCUUGUCCCCCGCCCCUGUCACAACCUCCACCAGCGGCAAAUCGUCCAUCAACACAACUACUGUCACGGCGACCGAUGAAUUUCGCACAACCGCGGAAGAGAUGUAUCAGACGUUUACCGAUCCUCAACGGCUCGCAGCGUUCACACGCGCACCUCCCCGGCUAUUCGAAGGCGCCAAGGUUGGCGGAAAGUUCGCCAUCUUUGACGGCAAUGUCACGGGGGAAUUUGUCGACCUGCAGCCACCGAAGAAGAUCAUCCAGAAAUGGAGACUAGCACAAUGGCCAGAAGGACACGAGAGCACCCAGGAAAUUUUCUUCGACCAGAACGACGUUGACCGCGUGACCAAUAUGCGCGUGACCUGGACCGGAGUGCCGGUUGGACAAGAGGAAGUGGUGCAGAGAAAUUGGGAAGGCUACUACGUUCGCAGCAUCAAGCAGACAUUUGGGUAG